GUUUGAACUCACUGUUGUAUUAUGUAUCCUAACCUAUAAAUAAUGAAAGUUUUGUAAAUAUAUAUAUUUUUUUUAUACAAAGUGCAAUAAUGAACUCAAAUUAUUCUGUACCGCUUAUUCCCCAAAAUUUAAAUAAACACGAAACUAUUAUCCAGAUAGCAGAAGUAUUAAACCACUUGACAAAUGUAACUGAGAGUAUAUUUGGUAUAGUAGAAAAAAGGUUAGAUAGCAACAAAAAUAAAUUGACAGACAUAUCACAACGAGUGGAUGCAGUGAAUAAAAAAAUAAAUAAACUUAAAGGUGCAAAAAAGGCCACACAGGUAUUUUCAAGCAGUAGAUAUCCUGCAGGUGAAACCUAUAGGGAAUAUGUAUCUACAUUCAGUGAUGCUCCGCCUUUAGAACUAAAACGACACAAAGUGAAAUCCAAAAAUUUGCCUUCCUCAUACGAACCGCUAGAUAAACUACAGUUUUAUCACGUUAAUGUAUCGUCUGAUAAUAAACAAGAAAAAUUAGAAGGCUUGGGUGAUAUACCGCAAGACGUUCAUUGUGUUAACAAUUUGUUAUUGUAUAAUUCUGGGAAAAAUUUAUAUAGGAAUUUCGUUAUAGCGGAUGCUUUAAAGGGGCCCAGGAAUGUAAGAGAAGAGGAUGAAAACGAUAUAUCCGAUAUAGGUCCAGCACCACAUUCCAUUAGUGAGAGGUCGACUUUAACCAAAUCCACCACACAAAAUUAUUUCUAUACGCCACAGAUAGGAGAAGUGCCCGCUUUAGACGUACCACUUGAUCUACCAGAUUUACCAGGUAUAGCCGACGACUUACAUUACGAUAGUGAAGUUGGCCCUGGAAUUGCACCAUCUGCUGUUGUUACACCAAAUAUAAUAGAAAAUGUUGACUUACCGGUGAUAGAGCAAAGUGAACCCGACGUGAAAGAAGCUGACCAUCCAAACAUAAGUUUACCCCCUCCUCUACCACCCGUUACUGAACUUCCAAAGCCUCCACCAGCAGAACAGAAUCACAUACCACCUGUCCCAGAAGAAAUUAAAGAAGACUUACCAAAACCACCGGAAGUGAAACAAGAAGCACCAACACAGCUGCUGCCAAAAAUUGAUAUUCCACCUCCGAACGAUGUUAGGUCUAGUCUUAUGGAAGCUAUAAGGAAGGCAGGCGGUUCAAAGAAGGCAAAACUGCGUUCUGUUAAAGAACCUCCUAAAGAAGUUAGUAAGCCUCCGGGUGGAGAUUUAAUGGCAGACCUUCAUUUAAAAUUAUCUAUGAGAAGAAAAGGUAUUUCUGGGGCGAAGAAGCAAGAAAAUUCCGUAGAUCCAGAUUCAACAUUGGGAAAAAUAUCUGCUAUGAUUCCACCCCCCGAACCAAAAACCGAUAUUGAUUCUAACUCUAAUGAUGAAGACUGGGAAUAGAAAAGUGUUAUAUACUCAAAAUAUAUAUUUUAUAUUAUUAAUUGUUAAAUAAUUUUUACAAUAAAUAUUAAUUGCUGUUUAAU